AUGACUGAGCUCGCGUUCGAGGUUCGGUCGGCUUUGGCGGACCUUGAGGAUCGACAUCUGUCCAUGAGCCAUGAGGAGGCUGCGAAGCGCAGCGGAAUCACCUUCCAGGUGUCCAGCGCCAUCUUCCGGCACGUGCUCCUGAGCCCGGUCUACGAGGCAGGUGAAAUCGACUCGGCGCUCAUUGCGUGGCAGCGCCUGCGGUCGGCGCAUCAGAGGCCCGAGGAGCAUUGCAUGGGCAGAUGUAGAUGGGAGUUCCAGAUGCUUUUCCUGCCAUUUCCGCCUCUGACCCCUGCAACGCUGCUGCAGCGCCGCGACCGCUUUCUGGCAGACGCAGCCCCAGAUGUCCGCCUGGAGUCAGGGGCCGAAGAUGUUGCCUACUGUGUCAACCCGGGCCGUAUGGAGGCCUUCAGCCGCCGUGAGGCUUCCAUUUGGCUGGCUGAGGCGGCCGUGGGGCAAGGCACGUCAGCGCCGAAACGGCGGCUGCGUUGGACGUGGGAGCUCAUUGACCACAAUGGGGUCCUCUGUGGAACGAAUACGCAGAGGCCGAACCUAGUCGUGGGAGAGCUGCUGCGGAGGCGGCUGCUUCCAGGACUUGACGACUGGGUAGACAUGAAGUGCGAGAAGCGCCUCGCACACGCGGAUCCGAUUCGAGGCUGUCCGGAUGCUUCAGCCGUCUCUCACAACAUUGAGGGGAAUGCUGAACAGCCUGAGCAGCCGCUGCCCAAACGCCAACAAAAGCGGAAGAGGUCGGUGGAGUCUCGGCUGGACUUCUGGCUGCGCACGCCCCAGGGCGGAGAUCACUACAUAGAAGCCAAGAACUGCCACAUGGUGUACCCUGACGGACACGGCUACUUUCCCGACUCUGUGUCCGCGAGGGCAAGCCGGCACGUCACGGAAUUGGCAACAUUGGCACGGGCCGGCUCCCAGUGCACUGUGAUCUUCGUCGUUCAGCGUGGCGACCUGCAGGGAAUGGUACGGCCGUCGAGCCACCACGACCCUGCCUUCGCGCGCGCCUGCCGUGAGGCAGCGGCAGCGGGCGUGUGUUUUCGGGCGCUGUUGGUGGCCUGCAGCCUCCAGGGGCUUACCGUGCAGCGCGAAGUGGAUGUGGACCUCAGCGACUACGAUGCCAGCCCCAUUGCAGCCUGGGUUGCUGAGAAUCGCGAGUCUACGGGCUGGAUCCGAUCUGCGUCGAAGCAGCGUGUGGCGAACGGGCCCUUCCUUCAUGAGAAGACAGGCACUGCGCGAGUCCGGUCAAGAAGGCUGGACAAAAACAAAGUUGGCGGUGUCUUCACGCAUGCGCUAAAGCCGCAGCAGGUCACGUGCAUCGACCUGGCAGACGAUCAGGACGAUGCCGAGUCACUGUAG